UGUCGAAAUGAAUGGCUUGAUUCCAGUCUUUUUACUUUAUUUAUUACACGUUUGAAUCCAAAUAAAUAAUAACAACAACACUUCCUUAUAAAACAUCUAUCUAUGGCUAUAUAAGUUUGGUGUGGAGAAAGAUUUACAAUAUUAUAAGUGGCAGCAAGUGAUGAUCAGCUAAUAUCAAUAAUGUCCAGUAGUAGCUCUCUACUAUUUUCCAUCAACAAUGAAGGUAAAGUAUACGCAUUAUCUACCAGCGGCUCAUGUUGGCGUGAGUUCAUGUACCUGGGAUUGGAAUUUAAAACUUUAUCAGCUGUACCACAUUAUUUGUGGGCUGUGGGAGGGGACCGACAGAUCUAUCUACAUGUCCAUGGACUAGAAAUUCCUAUACGAGUCAAAGAAGAGUCCUAUGAAAAUGAGAGAUGGCUACCACUUGAAGGUUUUAGUGGUCGCCUCUUGCCCACUGAUAGGUAUCACUUUUCAUCACAAGAUGGCACAAAGGAUAGGUCUAUAGACCGUAUUCGAUUGCCAUCAAUGGCUUGGCAAUGGGAGGGCGAUUGGCAGCUAGAGCUUACUCUAGAUGGGCAACCUUUAGACCAUGAUGGUUGGAGUUAUGCUGUUGAUUUUCCUGCUCAUUUUAGUCCUGUAAAACAAUGGAAGUCUUGUGUGAGAAGAAGGAAAUGGAUAAGAUACAGGAAAUUCAGUGCAAUGAAUUCUUGGUGUGCAAUUGCUCCACUUCACAAAGAUCCAACUCAAGAGCCUUUCAUUGAUGUUAGUAUAGGUGGAAAUGAAAUACCUUAUGCAUCUCCUGGAACUCUAUCUGUAUGGGCCAUUACUGCACAUGGUAGAGUUAUGUCCAGAGCUGGGGUCAGCACUACUUCACCAGAAGGUUUGAAAUGGAUAAAUAUAAGCAUUCCACCUAACUGUGAUAUAAAACAAAUAUCAGUUGGCUCUACCGGAUUAGUAUGGGCUUUACUCUGGACUGGCAGAGCCAUUGUUAGAAAAGGAGUAACCAAAGACUGCCCCACUGGUGAUGGUUGGCUUGAAGUCAAAUCUCCUAGUGAAACCAAACUUUCAGUGAUCUCUGUGGGAUAUAAUGCUGUCUGGGCUGUAGGUACUGAUACCAGAGUGUGGUUCAGAAAAGGAAUAGAUGGCAAUCUAGCUGGUUCUUCUGAAUCAGCUGCAAUGGGAAGUGGGUGGCUGGAAAUAACUGGCCAUAUGAUACACAUUUCUGUUGGCAGAAAUGAUCAAGUUUUUGCCAUUGGAGACACAGACAAAUGUGUUUACUGGCGCAGCGGAAUAACACAAUCAGAGUUGACUGGCAAAAGAUGGAGAAUGGUUCAAGCUAACAUGCAACUGAGUCGAACAUCAAGUUCAGCAAGUGUUGUCUCCUCUGCUUCCAAUGCCAAACACCAUAGCCUCACCACAUUGAGUGAAGCUACACCAGAACUUAAGUCUAAUAUUCAUUUGCACAAUUCUUGGGAAGAAUCACAUUCUGCACCUAUUGAACACACAUUACCUGUGAAACCCAAGGAAAGACGAGCAAAAGGAACUGCUAAUGUAGAAAACAUUGAUCUAACAGGAAAAAGUUAUGAGACAACAUUAAAAAAUCCUCGUGCCUGGAGCCCUGUGCGUAGUGUUGGUUCUGUUGUCGGCAUGGAAGCUCAGCCAGACAGUGACAGCAGUGUGUUUGAUGUGGACUCUGGGAUGUACUUCGAUGAAGAAGUCAGUCAGACAGCAUGGGGCACAUGUGACACUACAUGGGCUUUUGUUGAAGCUGGAGCUUGUUCUGUUGACACUGUUCAGAUACCUCAUUGGUUUACUGACAAUCAAAAUGCACACAACUCUGAUCUUAGCACUAAAUGGCGUCUCGAUAUAUUAGAAAACUUGAAAAAUAGAAACCAAACGCAGGAUGUAGACUUGUCAAGUUAUGGCAUUGCUAUUGAAGAAAAAGGAUGGACUCGCAGUUGUGAGGCUAGAUUAGUUAAUACCAGUAACACUGGUGAAGAUUGUAUUUUAUCACUUUAUUGGCAUGCUUUAGAAAACACGGGAACAUUGUCAGUCUUCCAACCUGAUGGCACUAUAAAAUUCAUAUUAAAUUUGGGUGAGGUAACAAGUGUCUUUACCUCAUCAGAACCUGGAUGUCCUAGAAUUACUAUGUUGGUCCCAAGACAACUUAAGGAUGGAAUCAAAGUACAGUUUAUAUCUGAAAUGGAACAGGAAGAAUGGUUUUCUGUUUUAGUUGAUAUAACAUCACAAAUCAAUGGGCUUUCUGGGAAACCUUCACCCACUUCUAUCUGGACAAUUACAAAUUCAGGUGAUAUUUUAAACUGGGAUCCAAUGUCAGCACAAUUAAACACAGAAUCCAAUGGCAGAUAUAAAAAGGAAUAUCAAGUAUUUGGUAAAGACAUUUUGUCUGGUUUUGCAACAAAUUUAAAUAACAGCUUUUUGAGCGGGAGUACCCUUAAAAUCACAGGAUGUCUUUCUGAUGAUAUAAAGAGAUUUCAUGUUAAUCUACAAGGUCCAGAAAUAAAAAAGCAGAGGCACAGGAUAGAAGUUGAAGUAACAGACAUUCCUUUUCAUUUUAAUGUGAGAUUUGAUGAGAGCAUUGUUGUCUGCAAUUCAAAAAUAGGUGGCAGUUGGGAAACUGAGGAACGACACCCAUUGCCAUUAGCCCCAGGUCAAGAAUUUUCUGUGAAGAUAGUCAGUGAAUCAAAAGGUUUUAAAAUAGUUGUAAAUGAUAAAAGUUUCUGCUUUUUUGAGCACAGAUUAAAUCCCGAAAAUAUAACUUCAGUAUUAAUUCAAGGAUCCUUGAAAUUAUACACCAUGGAAUACUGCACCACUAGUGUUAUUAUAGAUCCUGAAGAAAUGAUCUGGCGAGUUAUGGGAGGAUAUCUCCGUAAAAUAGAAAAUUGUCAGAAUGGUGUUAUAUGGGGGAUAAGUCAUGAUCACAGAGCUUGGGUUUAUACAGGAGGCUGGGGUGGAGGUGUUCUAAAAGCUAUUGGCUCUAAUGAGGGCAUCAAUCCUAUGACUGACACACAAACAUAUUGCGUUUAUGAAAACCAAAGAUGGAAUCCACUCUCAGGGUACACGUCGACGGGUCUUCCCACGGAUCGCUACAUGUGGAGUGACAUAACAGGGAAGCACAAGAGGACGCGAGAACACACCAAACUACUAAGUCGUCAUUGGCAUUGGAUAUCAGAGUGGAUGAUCGAUUAUAAUACACCUGGCGGCGUAGACAACGAUGGAUGGCAAUACGCUACUGAUUUUCCAGCACCAUAUCAUGGGAAAAAAAUAUUUACAGAUUGUGUUCGCCGACGCCGUUGGUAUAGAAAAGCUCAGGUUAUUACAGAGGGGCCCUGGAUACGGGCUGGCAGCACAGCUUUGCUAGAUAUAUCGUUAUGGAACAACGACGAAGAAGUAACUGUGUGGGCUAUUACACUUGGAGGUGAAGCUAUCUAUCGGACCGGAGUCUCGGCUACAACACCUGCGGGUCUACAUUGGGAGCAUGUUAAUAGUCCCCAGUCAUUUAUCGCUAUAAGCACAUGCAACUACAUAAUUUGGGCAAUAGGACGCAAAGGAGAGUUGUACUUCAGGGAUGGAGCAUCGAAAGAGAACAUAUCAGGAACGAGUUGGAAAUUAAUAGAAGCACCAAAGAGCAACACUCCUUUCAACCAAAAAUCUAAUGUCGGUGCCAAAUGUGUCUCUUUAAGUAAAUACACAGCGUGGGUAUUACUUUCAAAUGGGGUAAUCACAGUGCGGACAGACAUUAGCAACAAAAAACCUGAUGGAAAGCAGUGGAAAUAUUUAACAGAUAGCGAGAUGACAUUCAAAGACGUAUCGAGCAUUGAACUUGAGGUGUGGGCGGUGAGUACGGACGGAGCGCUGUACCGGAGGCUCGGGGUCACGGCCGAGAAUCCAGCGGGCAGCGUGUGGCAGCGCGUCCACUCGGGACCCACGGUUCACGUCUCAGCUAGAGGAAGCUCCUUACAAUAGUAUUAUUAACGCGUAAUUCGUAUUUACAUUAUGCGCCAAAGAACCUUCAUAGGAUUUAUUGAAGCGCUUGCUCCAACCCAAGGUUAGGUAAAGCAAUGUACCCCAACUUUAUUUAUGAUUCCAUAAACGAUCUCACGCGCCAAUCAAAAAUAUUGGGCUGUAUAGAUGUUGAGUUUACAGACUGACAUUAUUUUUAUAAUGGCUUACAGGAAAGCUGUGCUUCAAUCAACAAAUUGCCCAGUUACAGUAUAUUAAAAUUUUGUUUUACAUCAAUUUUAUUUAUGUUUCAAAGACUGAGUACGUUACUAGAAUUAAUUAUUUAUUAUUUAACGUGCAUGCAGUCUUGUAAUGCUUACUUUGUUUAAGAGUCUAAUGUGUGCUGUGUGCGCUGUCUUAAACAAAAAGAGGCGAGGACGCUUUUUGCCUAUGCCUUCCAUUUCUCAGUUAAGUGAGCCCUAUGCGACUUAUGAUAUUGUUUUUGAUAAGUAUGUAUUCGAUAUUGUAGAUAAUAUAUUUAUUUUAUACUAUUUCUAGAGAAAGUCGAAUAUUUUGAACCUUAUGAGCACACAUUCCAAAUAAUAACUAUAGAUUUUUAGGAUAACAUCGUCUUAGAUCAUUUCGCUCAAUGUCAUUGUAUAAAUAGAUGAAAACUAUGGUUAAAAGCCAAGUUCAAUAAAUUCUCAAAACACUAUUGAAAUUCAGGUAAAUUUUAAUUUCUCUAUCCUCCAUAUUUGGUCAAAAUGUUCAUGGUGGGGUACAAAAAUUACCAUGACAGAUUUCGUUAUGUUUUCUUUAUUAGUGUAUAUGUAUAGACUCCAUAACUUCAGUAUUACCAGUAUUACUGAUACAUUACUGAUUUGAUUACAUUAUAUUUUUACUUGCAAAUACUAAAUUUUAUUCAUUCCUGUUAUUUAAUAACAAAAAAGGUUAGCAAAAUUCGCCAGAUCUCAGUUACAUUCCUUUUUCAUUUUACAAUUGAAAAUACAAAUUGCCCAAUUCAAUUUUGGCUGAGUUUCAAGAGUGUUUGUUAAAAACAUUUCAAGCGUAGGCGUGCAAAAACCAAAUUAACUUAUUA